AAAUAACACAGUCAUUGAGUUGGGUAACAAAGUUGUUUGUUUUAAUGUCAGUGAAAGUGUAGAAGGCAUCAAAGUGAAAUGAGUCUUUAGGACUAUUUAAACCAUACAUAAAUUGCUCGCUUGGGUAUUUCUGUUGGAGGUGCAACUUCAACCUUUUACAUGAAGCCAUAAUCCUUUCUGUACUGUGUGCGUUUGUCGGGCGGCUUUGAUGGUCUCGCACUAACACCUACAUGUUCCUGUACAGCUCUCAGUGAAGUGCCGCCUUCUGUUUAGGUCAGAUAAUUGUCAUUCUUAUUACACAGCUCUGCCCUACCCAGAGGUUGUCUUUCCUCAUUAAAAACAAGAAGGAACAGAAACCUCUCACUGCUUUCCAUUAGAUUUGUUUGUGCUGAUACUGUCUCAGGCGGAGAAAAUGGAGGAUUAUUACUACAGUGAAUUAGAAGAUGCGUAUAAUGGAUUGGUGGAGCCAUGUUCGAUGGAGAGCAAAUUGAUGCUUGAAAACUUCCUCCAGUUAUUUGUUCACCCUAUCAUUUGUUUUGUUGGUUUUAUUGGCAAUGCUCUCGUGAUCAUGACAUACGCUCUCUACAAGCGGACCAAGUCCAUGACUGAUGUGUAUCUGCUGAACGUGGCCAUCGCUGACAUCCUGUUUGUGGUGGCACUGCCUUUGAUUAUCUACAGCGAGCAGUAUGGGUGGUCCAUGGGGAACUUGUCUUGCAAGCUUCUGCGUGGCAUCUACAGUGUCAACCUCUACAGCGGCAUGCUGCUCCUGGCUUGCAUCAGUGGAGAUCGCUACCUUGCCAUCGUACAGGCACGCCGGUCUUACCGGCUGCGUUCAAGCACUCUGCUUUACAGCCACCUGGUCUGUGCAGUAGUCUGGUUGUCAGCCCUGCUCUUGUCCCUUCCUACCUUCAUGUUUUAUGAGCGCUACCAUCCCGGCCCAUCUGAAACCUCCAUGUGGAAUGGUACUGACAGUGAAGAUGGGCCAUAUGUCUGCUUUUUUAAAUUUGAGUCAAAUGAAACGGCACGUGUGAUGAAAACUGUGGUGCCCAGCUCUCAGGUUGCAUUGGGUUUCUUCUUGCCGCUGCUGAUCAUGGGAUUCUGUUACUCAAGCGUCAUUGUCACCCUCCUUCGGGCCAAGAACUUUCAGAGACACAAGGCAGUGCGUGUGGUCCUUACUGUGGUCCUUGUGUUUGUGGUCUGCCAUAUGCCUUAUAAUAUAGCACUCUUGUUUUAUACCAUCAACAUGUUUCAAGAGCAGGAAUGCAGCUUCGAGGAGUCCAUCGGAUUGACCAUGAUCAUAACGAGAAGCUUGGCGUAUCUGCACGCUUGUCUCAAUCCCCUGCUGUACGCCUUCAUCGGGGUGAAUUUCAGAAACCACUUCCAGAAGAUCUUACGGGACAUCUGGUGCAUGGGGAAGAACUACAUGUCAGCGAGACGGUCCUCACGGGCCACCACUGAAAUUUACAUUUCCAUGCGGCGCUCUAUGGAUGGCUCGUACAAUGAAAAUGGCACUUCAUUUACCAUGUGAUUUGAAGUCUGACUGGAAAAGAAAGAAAAAAAGUCUCCCAGUUUGACUGGGAAAAUGUGAGGUUUCUGUAAAUGAUGAAUUAACUGACUUAAUCUUAUUAUUAAUCUUUUUUUUUUUUUUUUUUUUUUUGAGAAAUUGUCAAUUACAAACCAAAGACGGAAAUGGUUAUUCCUUGUUUCACUGUGCUAGAAGAGCAAAGUGUAAAAAGUUUUCUGUUUAUGAAUGGAUUUUGCAAUCAGUAGGCACUAUAUGUAGUACUAAUGCAGAACUUUUUUUUUUAUAUAUGUACUAUUUACCUUUUGUACAUAGAAUCUUUAACAUUGCCUAAUGUACCCAAGAUAUAAACCUUGUAAGUUUUAUCUAAAUACUAAAUAAAUUAAGCAAGAUAUUACAAAUAGUGAAGAGUGACAUUAUUAAAUAAGAUCCAGUGCUGAGAAUCAGUGAACUAUCUGAGGCUUACCAAGGUAGAUGCUCUUAAACCCUUUUGCUCACAGUUAUCUACAAAAACUAGUUCCUUCCCCCAAAACAUAUGAUAUAUCUUUUUUUUUUUUUUACUUCAUACACCACCACAGUACGUAAUAUUUACCUUUCUAAUCAAUUAUUCAGCAACUAGUCACCAUCAAUGUAACGAUACAAAAUCAAAUGGAAAUGUAACAGUUUUUAAGGAGUCCUGCUCAUCACACCCAUUUUUUUUUACAAUUGUCUAAAUAAAUUAGAAUGUCUUGGAAAAGUUGAUUUAUUUCAGUAAUUCAAAUUGUGAAACUUGUGUAUUAAAUAAAUUCAAUUCACACAGACAUUUAACACAAAAAAAAAACAACAACAACAAAUUAGACUAUGGUGACAUAUAUGGCCAAUAAGCUAAUCAACUCAAAACACCUUCAAAGGUUUCCUGAGCCUUCAAAAUGGUUUCUCAGUUUGACUCACU